UCGCCAUUGGUAACGCCGAGGAGGUGGUUGUUGGAGAUUUUUCAGAGUCUAUUAUUUGUUUUAACCACCUCGCUGGAAACAGAGAAAGGAGGAGAGAUUGCAGGGGGAUAAAAAUCACCUGCUGUCACUGUAGAAACUGUGAAGGAUGUGAGUCUCCAGGCAACUUCGGUCAAGGGAAGGAGCAACCUUGUUUGCUCUCUGGCUCUCCAAAGAUCCCUUUCCUGGUGUCCCUUGGCCAGGUGCAACCUCCACAGGGUUGAUCUUUGGACUUUUCCCACCCAUCCACCAGUUGAUAAAAACCACGGCCGGGAAGGAAAAGGAGGCCACAGCCAAGGAUCUCACCAACCGGCGAAGGCUGUUUUCUCCAAAAUGGACCACGACAAAAUCCUCAGAGACGACGCCUUGGGCCUCAACGGAUCAGAGAUCUCCGGGAAACCGAAGAAGAGCAAAAGGAAAAUGUCGGAACACAAGAAAUCCCAGAGUUUGGAGGAGCCAGUUGGGGAAGGGUUUCGCAACGGACACAAUCCGCCUUUGUCCCGAUCUAAAACGUACGAUCCGUCUUUUUGCAAAGAGGGAGAGAAAGAAGCCGGCUUUGUCCAGCAUCGGAACUCGGAACCCAGCAUCUCCAAUCUGAUGAAACAUACCAUCAAUUUCCGCCGGGUUUUUAAAGAUCUCCCUGAAGAAGAGGAGUUGCUAGAAACAUUUUCAUGCGCCUGGCAAAGAGAGGUCCCUUACCACGGCCGCCUCUACGUCUCCCAAAAUCACGUCUGCUUCUAUUGCAGUAUGAUCCGGCGCGAGGUUAAGGUCAUCAUCCCGGUGCCAACCAUCAGCGUCCUCAAGAAAGCCAACACGGCCCUCUUGGUACCCAACGCCAUCUGCAUCCGAACCGAGGAAGGAGAAAAGUUCCUUUUCUCGUCUCUCCGGUCGCGGGAAAGCGCCUAUCGGUUACUCCGUUCCAUUUGCAAACACCUCCAGGAUGGUGCCAGGAAUCAUAGCCUCUCCACCCCUUACGCCAGCACUGAAAACCUUCUGAAGAUAUCUUUGAUGUCCAAGGAGUUGGAUUCGAAUCACCAUUCGCCAGAGUAUGAAAUCCUUCCAGAGGAGUCUGAUGAGCCAGACGGGAUGGAGGCGCCACUUUGUGCGCCAAAUGACCCUCAAAAGGAGAUGGCAACCGGUGGAGGACGAGAGCAAAGUGCCAAGACGCCGCGGCGGUCAACGUCACCCUUAAACCCCCUCAACACAGUCAUCCUCAUCUACCUCAUCUUAGUGGUUGUCUUGCUCCUGUCCUCGGGAUACAUCGGCCUCCGUAUCGUCCAGCUGGAGGAACAGCUCACCUCCAUGGGGGCCUGGCCUGAACUCGAUCUCCACGAUCGGUAUAAAGCAACCUGAGGUAGGAUCCAGGACUGAUCCAGAGACACGGCCUGUCCUCCCACGUCCGUCCACCUUUCUGCUGGUCAG